UCAUGUCAUUAUUUGCUUCUUAUGCAAAAUUGAAAAGGAAGACAUUUUGGGUUGUAAGAUAUGUUGAAGUGACACAAGAUGUAAUUAUUACAAUGAACAUUAAUAGGGAAUAUUGAUGUAUAGAGACAGAAAAGAGGAUAAACAAAAUAAAGCUGAAUUUAGAUUAAUUCAUUGCAAAGUGAAAGAAUUAUCAACAAAUAAUGGUUUUUAGAUAUAAAUUUUUCAUGGAGAUGAUUCAUUGAAAAUUAUGGCUCACACAAAUUAAGAGCAUAAAAAAAUUGUAUAAGCAAUCACUUAGAUUAAAUAAAAAUCUGAAUAGAAAUAAGAAACUUAAGUUCAAGUACAAGAAUAAUAUUAGUAAGUCAGAUAAACUAUAGUGCCUUCAAUUAUCAUUUAAUAAGUAAAACCACCUACAUUUCAACCUGAUAAUGAUUUGAUUAAAUAAGGUCAAGGGGAUCAAAUUAAAAUGUAAGCAUUACAAAUGAUAAAGAAAUAUGAGUCUCAAUAGCUAACAUUAAUUAAUGUCAUUGAUGGAAUAUUUUUUUAUAAAACUGAAAAAGUAGAAAAAAAUAAUUAAGAAACUGAAAAGUAGUCAAAUAUCAUAAGUCUAAUUUCAGAUGAAAUAAAAAAUGUUGGAUAUUUAUUAACAAUUGCUAUAGCCAUUAUAUUCUUUACUUUAUUAUCAAUAUUGGUCUAUUUAUUAUUGAGUCUAGUAGAUAAUAGAACUUAUACAUAUAGUAUACUUAUUACAUUAAAUAUCAUUAUUUUACCAUUGUUAUUAAAUAAAUAUAGUCCUCCAAAAAAGACAGAGAAAAUACAAUAAUUUAUGGUUUAAUGUAAAUGUCUAAUGAAUGUGGAUUAUAAUGCUUUGGUUUAUUUGAUUGGUAAGUUUGAAGUUAGAAAAGAUUGGACACCAAAUCUAUUAUUAAUAAAUAAUGAUAAGAAUUUAAUUACAGCAUUAUAUUCAAAUUAAUUGGUUGAAAAGUUUACUUAAGCAGUAUUUUAUGAUGAAGAUACUUUUUAUGUGGUUGAACAUUUUAAUUUAAAAAUUUUGAGAUUAUUUGUUAUCAAAUAUCUCUUUGAAGAAGAUAAUCUAGAAGUUAGAUGUAUUACAGAUAAUACACAAAUGUAGAUAUUGCCUUGUCUUAAACAAUUUAUCAAAAUUCAAAAAUAGAAUCCAAAAAGCAUUUUAAUUGAAUAUCAAGCUUCUAAAACAUCUAUUGAUUAGAUAUCUGUUAUUUAAUCAGAAAUCAUAUACAAAUAGCCUGAUUAUUCUAAAAUUACUUAAUCUCCAGUUUAAUCCAUCUCUGUUGAAUAAUAACCUUCAUCUAUUCUAUCUAAUUCUCCUAGAUAAAUAUCACAAUUUUAAUAAUUGCCUUAAAAACCAUAAUAAUAAUCACAAUUAUAGUAACCAUAAUAAUAAUAAUAAUAAUAAUAAUAAUAAUAAUAAUAAUAAUAAUAAUAAUAAUAAUAAUAAUAAUAAUAAUAAUAAUAAUAAUAAUAAUAAUAAUAAUAAUAAUAAUAAUAAUAAUAAUAAUAAUAAUAAUAAUAAUAAUAAUAAUAAUAAUAAUAAUAAUAAUAAUAAUAAUAAUAAUAAUAAUAAUAAUAAUAAUAAUAAUAAUAAUAAUAAUAAUAAUAAUAAUAAUAAUAAUAAUAAUAAUAAUAAUAAUAAUAAUAAUAAUAAUAAUAAUAAUAAUAAUAAUAAUAAUAAUAAUAAUAAUAAUAAUAAUAAUAAUAAUAAUAAUAAUAAUAAUAAUAAUAAUAAUAAUAAUAAUAAUAAUAAUAAUAAUAAUAAUAAUAAUAAUAAUAAUAAUAAUAAUAAUAAUAAUAAUAAUAAUAAUAAUAAUAAUAAUAAUAAUAAUAAUAAUAAUAAUAAUAAUAAUAAUAAUAAUAAUAAUAAUAAUAAUAAUAAUAAUAAUAAUAAUAAUAAUAAUAAUAAUAAUAAUAAUAAUAAUAAUAAUAAUAAUAAUAAUAAUAAUAAUAAUAAUAAUAAUAAUAAUAAUAAUAAUAAUAAUAAUAAUAAUAAUAAUAAUAAUAAUAAUAAUAAUAAUAGUAAUAAUAAUAGUAAUAAUAUAGUCCUGAAAUCUAAAAAAUAUUUGAUUUAACUAUCGAGGCAAAAAAAUAAUUAGAAUCUGUUUAUCCUUUAGGACCUUCUUGGUAAUAGAAGGAUGAUAAAGGAGGAUUCUAAAUUCAUACUAGAUAUGAUGAAGCAACAGGUUAGACUAUGAGUAGAGGAGAAGGGAUAUUACCUUAUUCAAUAUAAGAGAUAUUUGAAAUUAUUGAGAAGGUUGAGAAGAGAGGGGAUUAUGAUUCUCUCUUUGAUUCAGUAUAUAAAUUUAUUUAUGUUAGGGUUAUAUGGUUAAAAAAUUGGAUCUUGAUACAGGUAUAGUGUACUAAAGAUUUAAGACUAUUAAAUUAGUAGUAAAAUCAAGAGAUUUUGUAUUUGUAACAAGAAUCUUUAGAGAAGAAAAUAGAUGGGUGGUUAUUGCAAAAUCAAUUGAAUAUCCAGAAUUACCUCCUAUAAAAGAUUCAGUAAGAGGGGAUUUAAAGAUAGCUGGAUGGAUUUUAUAAAAAACAGAAUAAGGAACAAAGACUUGUUUCAUCACAAUGGUAGAUCCAAAAGGAUCAAUACCAGCUGCUAUUGUUGCUAGUUCUGCUAAGGAAUAAGGACAAUGUGUAGAAAAAGUAAAGGUUCUAUUAGAUAAAAGAAAUAAAAAGUGA